CAAUAAUUUUAACUUACCUCUUUGGCAAGGGGAAGGGGGAGUUAAGCUUUAAAAGGACUCGCAGGUAUCGACUCGCUACCAGUAUAACCCGUGUCUCCAAAAGCUAAACUUAAAAAAGUGCAGUGUGUGAUUAAUUUUAUUCUAAUUUGUUUAUUAUUGAAUAUUUAUCAUGAAAAAAUACCUGAUGUAUAUUAAUCUCCUGAGUUUUAUUAUUUUUUUGAUUUUGUUGCCCAUUAAUUCUAGUGCGCUUACAACUUUUGGAAAAACCAACACCCAGAAUCAAAAUCCUCCUCCUCCUACUCCAGCUUACAAUAACGAGGUGGUAAUUGGCAGUAACUUCAAUAAAAGCGCUUUUGAAUUAGAACGAUUAACUAGUAUGGGAAGAAGCGGAAUGCGACCAACCGGGUUGAAGGGCUCCUCGUCGCAUGUCGGACACAACAGCUUGGGAAAAGCUCGGGAGUGCAAAGCAGAGUCUGACUGCAGCGCCAUCCAAAACACAACUUGCGUUCAGGAUCCGAUUGGCGACAAAAAACGGUGUCUUUGCGGCGAUUUAUCGGCUCCAGUCAACGGAUUUUGCAGCUACCAGUUCAAAGCAUUGCACGCGAUAUGCAACGACGACAACGAAUGCGGCGAUGGAGCUGAAUGUACUCGAGAGAACGCCACCUCCCCAGCAAAGAAAUGCGUGUGUAAGGAAGAUUACUACGAAGAAGACUUCAAAUGCAACGGAUCGAUAUCUCUGGAGAACUCGCUCCUGCUAUUGAUUUUCUCACUUCUUACCGUCAAGUACUAAACCAACACGCUAUUUAUUUAUAAUUCUCGAAAUAACACUUAUAAUGAUUGCUUAAAUAAAUUAUUUAAUUAAAAAAAA